AUGGGGCACUGGGUGCUGCUGCCCGGCUGGGUUUCUGCUACGCUGUUGCUGGCGCUGGCCGCUCUGCCCGCAGCCCUGGCCGCCAACAGCAGUGGCCGAUGGUGGGGCAUCGUGAACGUAGCCUCCUCCACGAACCUGCUGACCGACUCCAAGAGUCUACAACUGGUGCUCGAGCCCAGUCUUCAGCUGCUGAGUCGCAAACAGCGGAGGCUGAUCCGCCAGAACCCGGGGAUCCUGCACAGCGUGAGCGGGGGGCUGCAGAGCGCGGUGCGAGAGUGCAAGUGGCAGUUCCGCAAUCGCCGCUGGAACUGCCCCACGGCUUCGGGGCCCCACCUCUUCGGCAAGAUCGUCAACCGAGGCUGUCGGGAAACGGCAUUUAUUUUCGCCAUCACCUCCGCCGGGGUUACCCAUUCGGUGGCGCGCUCUUGCUCUGAGGGCUCCAUCGAGUCUUGCACGUGCGACUAUCGGCGGCGCGGCCCGGGGGGCCCCGAUUGGCACUGGGGGGGCUGCAGCGACAACAUCGACUUCGGCCGCCUCUUCGGCAGGGAGUUUGUGGACUCCGGGGAGAAGGGGCGGGACCUGCGCUUCCUCAUGAACCUUCACAACAACGAGGCUGGCCGCACGACUGUGUUCUCUGAGAUGCGCCAGGAGUGCAAGUGCCACGGGAUGUCGGGCUCGUGCACGGUGCGCACGUGCUGGAUGCGGCUGCCCACGCUGCGCGCCGUGGGCGACGUGCUGCGCGACCGAUUCGAUGGCGCGUCGCGCGUCCUCUACGGCAACCGCGGCAGCAACCGCGCCUCGCGGGCGGAGCUGCUGCGCCUGGAGCCCGAAGACCCGGCGCACAAGCCGCCCUCCCCCCACGACCUGGUCUACUUCGAGAAAUCGCCCAAUUUCUGCACAUACAGCGGACGCCUGGGAACGGCGGGCACCGCCGGACGCGCCUGCAACAGCUCGUCGCCCGCGCUGGACGGCUGCGAGCUGCUCUGCUGCGGCCGGGGCCACCGCACGCGCACACAGCGCGUCACCGAGCGCUGCAACUGCACCUUCCACUGGUGCUGCCACGUCAGCUGCCGCAACUGCACGCACACGCGCGUGCUGCACGAGUGUCUGUGA